AUGAACUACGCGAGUCAAAUUGAUUACAGUGAUAAGUACUAUGAUGAAACCUACGAAUAUAGACAUGUAACCCUUCCCAAAGAAUUAUCGAAACAAUUUCCUGCUGGAAAGCUACUGACCGAGCAGGAGUGGAGGUCGCUCGGUAUUCGAAUGAGUCUGGGUUGGGAGCACUAUGCCACACAUAAACCCGAUCCGAACAUUCUUCUCUUUCGAAGACCCCUUGGAACAGACGGCACGACUGGUCUUGUGAAUCCAGAACUUGCCGAGAUGCAGAAAAAGCAGUUUAGAAAGCAGUUUGGCUUAGAAUAAAGCCAUUUUUCAAAAAUAGGAGUCAGUUGCUGAUUUCAUUCACUUCA